GAGCAAAAACAAAAUAAGGCGAAAGUGAUGGAUCCUCCAAGUUCCAACCCCCUGCACGGCGCACAAUGCACAGCGCACCGCAAAAUGUCCAAGAAAGAAGAAGAGGAUAAGGCCGAUGCUCCACCCGUCACAUUGUCUUUGUGGUGUGGCGCCCACUUCUGAUUAGUUGACUAUCCGAUGCCCCGGAAAAUAUCUCUCCCCUAUUUUCCCACCUACCAAACAGAACAUAACAACCUUCCCCAAAACGGAAUUUUAAAGGGUACGCCUUCCAAUUUCUAAAACCAGCAGCAGCACUCAGAUACUUCAAUAAUUAUCCUCUGUGUCUUGCCCGUCGGAAGCACAAAUCUGAUCUGAUCAUCCACCCUUGCAGGCUUUAUCUUUCUCCGUCAUUUAUUCCUUUAUACUCCUGUGAAACUUGGAGAAAAGCAGAGUCAUCAAUGGCGGAGGAAGGCGGAGGAGGAGAGGCGGAGAAGAGGGUGAUGGUGGCCAUCGACGAGAGCGAGAACAGCUACAACGCGCUCAUGUGGGUUCUCGACAAUCUCAAAGAAUCCAUCACCAAAUCGCCGCUGGUGAUUUUCGCCGCCCAGCCGCCUCCUCAGUACAACUACACCUUCGCCGCCUCCCUCGGCUCGGCGCGCAUGUACUGCCCUGUUUCAGCCACUGCGGAUUUCGUGAACUCUGUGAGGGAGCAGGAGAAGAAGGUUGUGUUGGGUCUGCUGGAGAAAGCCAAGAGCAUCUGUACUAGCAGGGGGGUAAAGGCAGAGAUAGUCACGGACAUAGGGGAUCCUUCCACAGCCAUAUGCAAUGCAGUUGAAAAGUUAGAGAUCAGUCUUCUUAUUUUAGGCAACCAGGGCACUGGAAAACUCAAGAGCACUUUGCUUGGGAGUGUGAGCAGCUAUUGUGUUCAGAAUGCCAAAUGCCCUGUUCUCGUGGUUAAGAAACCCCUCUAAGACAUCUUACCUUAGUUUGAAUCCUUAAUAAAUUAAUUAAACUAUGCCAAGCACCUCCAUGUUUGUAUUAUUCAUUUGGUCGAACUUAUUUCCACUUGCUGUAAAUUAUUAGAAGUUGAUAAUUAUAUAUUUAGCAUGCACAAA